AGAGAGAGAGAGAGAGAGAGAGGAUGAUGGGGAAAACUAGUGGUUUUUAUGAUGAAGAGCUCAGAGGCAUCUCCACCGUCCUCAUCGCUCAGAUCCGAUACCAACAGUAGGAGCAAACAGAAGAAGAUGCUGAGUGUGAGAUUGCUCCUGCUCUCGUUCUGCUCCGUCUCUCUGCUGAGUCCUGGCGCUGCUUUCGGGAAACACAGGCUGUGUGGCGUCCAGCUGGUGGAGGCUCUGCUGCUCGUCUGUGGGGAUAAAGGCCUGUUCUACCAGCCGGGGAGACGAGGACGAGACGAGGACAUCCGUGUGAUGAUGACGGACGGCGCCGUUUCCCGCCAGGUGAUGCGGAAGGAGGAGUCUUCUGUUUCCGGGGUGAUAAAGAGGGGGAUUGUGGAGCAGUGCUGUCAUUUCUCCUGCGAUUACUACGAUCUGGAAAACUACUGCAACAUAUAAACACACUCAGAGGUUAAAGUUCAUGCAGGAUGCUCAACUCACUAAACAUUCUCAUAAACUCAAUAUAACAGCUACAGUGUCACAAAUAAAGC